AUGCUCAUCACAGACGCCCCAACAUCAGGCACUCCAGGAGUAACAGCAGAUGAGUCACAAUCAAUAUCACAAAGUUUACAGGACCUCUCAUCGACUACGCCAGAUGUCACAAACUUGGAUAACACUUCACCCAUUGGUGAACCCACUCUGGAUGAGAAAUCUACAGAUAACUCCAAACCUGGCAACGAUGGAAGCUCAAAGCCCGAUAAGAAGAAAAAUAAAACUAAGAGGAAGAAAAAGAAGGAAAAGAAGAAAAAGAAAAAGAAAAAGAAGAAGAAAAAGAAGAAGAAGAAGAAAAAGAAGAAAGAGAAGGACAACAAAUCUGGUGACAAAAAGGAUAAAAGCAAUGAUGGAUCAACUCAAACGACUGAUUCAACUGCAACUGACCAGAAUUCAAAUGCGGUUGCAGAUCCAGUUCCAGCUGAUACAAGUAAAGAUGUCCCAGCAUCACCCACUCCAGGAGGAUCCUCAAAUGAUACAUCAUCAUCUCAAAAUCCCCAAGACGGAUUGCCUAAUGCGGAGGCUGCGGUGCCACUCACGGAUACGCAACCCACGAACUCUUCAUCCAGCGGUAACAACGAACAUCAAAGUGAUUCAUCACAAGAUACCUGCGUUGAUCAAUGUAAAACAAGUAAUGGCGAACAGAGUACUGAUACAUCAGAUAAGAAGGGUCCAAAACCCUCUGAAGAUCCAUCAAACGUGACAUCUCAAGAACAACCACCUCCUGUAGCGGCUGCGUCGAUACCCGCCACGAAUGACCAACCCACGAACACUACAUCCAGUGCUAACAACGACUCGAAAAGUGACGGAGCUAGUAAAAUUGAAGACACAUCUCCUGGCUCCUUGCAAAAUCAAAGUGUCUCCUACUAA